AUGGAAGAAGAAAAAAUAUUAGAUUCAUUUGAAGUUUUAUAUAAUAACGAGAAGGGGAAUUUGUUUUUAACAAACAAAUAUCUUAUUUAUAUAUCUGAAAAAACAAAAAAGGAAAAAGAUGAAAAUAAUUCACUGUUCUUAAUUGAUGAUAUUGAUUUAAAAAUAUGUAUAUUCAGCUGGAAGAAGACAGAAAAAUCUAAAAAAAAAAAUAAAAUACGAUUCACAUUUGCUAAAACAAGUAUUAAAAAUAAUUUUUGUUUUCAUGAUUAUAAUAAUACAGAAUCAUUUAUUUUUGAAUUUUUUAAUGAAAAGGAUUAUAACAAUAUAUCAGAAAUAAUUAAUUAUUUAAAUAAAGAUAAUUUAAAAAAUCAUUUAUAUAUAAAUUUUAGUUUAAAUUUAAUAAAAAAUAAUUAUAAGGUAUUUGAAGAAUUAGAUAUAGAUAAUACAAAUCACGAAAAAGUAAAAAAUGAAGAAGCUCAUUUAAACAAUGAAAAUCUUAGGAAAUGCAAUAAUGAGAAGACAGUAAAUAAUAUAUUUCUAGACAAAUCAGAAGAAAAUGAAAAAAUAAAAAAUGAUGAAGUAAAUGAUAUAAUAAUAGAAGAUAGUAGUAGUGAUGAUAGUGAUGAUAAUAACGAAAACUUAAAUAUUAAUGAAAGUUAUUCAUUAAACAAAAUAUUGGAUGUUGAUGCUCAUUUCAAAAGCUUAUACGAUUUGUGUAUACAAAAUAAAAUAUUAAACGAUAAAGAAUUUUAUAAUUUACAUAAAAAUUACAUAUAUGAAUACAAAAAUAUUUGCUCCAAUGAUGAUGACAGUAUACUAAAGGAGCCUAUAUUAAUAUCAGAAGAACAAAAAAACUCGAAGAAUGUUGAAAUAAAUAAAGAAAUAAGUAGAUUAAUUUUAUCAGAAAAUCAAGAAUUAAAAAAGUUAUAUGACUACUACAUUGAAAAUAAUAUAUUAAGUGAAAAUAAAUUUUGGUUUUUUUUAUUUAACAAUAAAUACAGUCAUUUGUUUUUUUAUGAUAAAAAUGAAAAAGAUAUUUUUACGAACAAAAAUUUUCUAAAUAUAAAAGAAGAAAAUAAUUAUGAGCCAUUAUCAUAUAAUUUAGAAAACUUAAAUCAAGAUAUAAAAGGAAGUUUGGAAAAAUGCAUUUUAAAAGAAUAUUUGUCAACGAAAUACUAUAAUAAAAAAAAUAUACUAUUUAAAAAUAAUUAUUAUUUUAAAGAAGAAAACUUAGAAGGUUUUGGAGUAUUUACUAAUGAAAAAUUAGUGAGAAAUAAUAAUAAUUCAUAUAACUUAUUAAUAAACAAAUUUAAUAAUUAUUGCAUAAGUAUGAUAAAAGACAAAAAUUUUACUUUUAAGAAAUUUUAUGAUGAUUUAAAAGAAAAAAUUGAUGACAAUGAUUUAACUUCAAUUGAUCGGAAAGAAGAAUUAUGUUUCAACUUAGAAAAAAAAAAAAAUAUAUAUGAUGACGAAAAUAUUAAUAAUCAAUUAUUAGAAAAUAAAGAUUUUUUAAAUCAGCAUUUUUCAAAUUUUAUAGAUGAUUUGAAAACUAAUAAACAACAAAAUAAAAAAAAUUAUUCAGAACUUUUCAAUAUAGGUAGGCAACUAUUCGUUUUAAAUACGAAAAAGUGUCAAAAUAAUCAGUCGUUAUUAAUAGGUACAAUUGAUUACGAACAGCAUAUCCUCGACAUUGUAAAAGAAUAUCAUAUUAAAAUUAAUUAUUUACUUUACUUAUUUUAUACAUCGUAUAUUCCUGAACAAAGCAAAAGAAAUAAGAUUUUAGAAAAUUUAUCUAAAAUAAAAGAUGAAAUGCAAGCCAAGCAGGAAGAAUAUAAUAGUAUAUUAAUUAUGGGAAAACCCUUGUUAAUACAUUUGUUUGAACAAAUAAGUAUUUGCAAAAAAUUUAAUGAAAAACUUCAUAAAUAUAUUCAAGAAAAAAGGAAAAAAGCAUAA